AAGAAAAACCUAAAGAACCUGAUGUUUUCCCUGAAUAUUAUGAAGAACGGAUUAAAGAUGAUGAAUAUGAUGAAAUUGAAAGACUGGAAAAAAUAA